CAGGCCAGGGUCAGAGUGGGUGCGAGCGUCCGCGGGGCACGUUGGGCGCGCGCUGUCCUGCUGCAGUGGUCUUUGAGGUUCCGUGCGUGUCGUGCACUGCGCCUCUUCAGUAGAGACAGCACUGGGUUCGCGUCGCCUUGGUUCACUCUAGCAUGCUGACUGUGUGAAGGAGUCAAGAUGGGAACGUUCGCAGGAGGCAUGAGGUUACCGGCUUCCCUCCCCUGCCAAGGGGCUCAGCUAUGUUUCUUCUGCUCCUCGCCGUUUUCCACUCAGCGGCUUCGCAGGACUGGAGUUUAUGGGGAGGUGGCACCACUGAUGCUCCAGCUGAGGUGCCACAGGCUGCGCUGGAGGAUGUGGCACAUCGGGGCGACGCCCAAGUAGAAGAUAAUUACGAUGAUUAUUAUGAUGUGAACGAAGUUGAUAGUGACAAGACAGAUGGUGGAUUUGGUCUCAGUGUCAGUGCCAACCUUAGUGCUGAUGAACCAUAUAACGCCAGGCGAUAUUGGUACAACAGCACCUAUAGCUACGGAGACCGAACUGGUGACAGCGGCCAAGCUAGUCCUAGUGAUAGAAGAUAUUAUCAUAGCAAUAGGGGAGCUGGUAGCAGGUUUGACGACAGUGAUGGAGGUGAUAGCUAUAAUUCCAAUGAUGACGGAAGAUACAGUUCUGGAAGCACUCGUAAUUCAACCGGCUACAGCACGUGGUGGACCUACAAUAGAGAAGGUGACAGAGGUGACAGAAGAGAUGGUCAGGAUGAGGAUGAUAGACUGACUGGAAGCGAAGUACGAGGAGAUUUUGGAAGAACUGGUUCUGGUACUGGCUACAGAAGUGGAAGUUACGGUGGUGGCGACAGUGGAGGCGCUGGUGGCGGCUACGGUGGAAGUGAUAGCUAUGGCGGCAGUGAAGGUGCCGGUGGUGGCUACGAUGGCGGCGACAGCUAUGGUGGCAGUGGAGGUGCCGGUGGUGGCUACGGUGGCGGCGACAGCUAUGGCGGCAGUGGAGGCGCUGGUGGUGGCUAUGGUGGCGGUGACGGCUAUGGCGGCAGUGGAGGCACCGGUGGUGGCUACGGUGGUGGCGACGGCUAUGGUGGCAGUGGAGGCACCGGUGGUGGCUACGGUGGCGGCGACGGCUAUGGUGGCAGUGGAGGCACCGGUGGUGGCUACGGUGGAGGCGACGGCUAUGGUGGCAGUGGAGGCACCGGUGGUGGCUACGGUGGCGGUGACGGCUAUGGUGGCAGUGGAGGCACCGGUGGUAGCUACGGUGGCGGUGACAGCUAUGGCGGCAGUGGAGGCGCCGGUGGUGGCUACGGUGGCGGUGACAGCUAUGGCGGCAGUGGAGGCGCCGAUGGUGGUUACGGUGGCGGCGACAGAUAUGGCGGCAGUGGAGGAGCUGGUGGUGGCUACGGUGGCGGCGACAGCUAUGGUGGCAGUGGAGGCGCUGGUGGUGGUUACGGUGGCGGUGACGGCUAUGGCGGCAGUGGAAGCGCUGGUGGUGGUUACGGUGGCGGUGACGGCUAUGGUGGCAGUGGAGGCGCUGGUGGUGGCUACGGUGGGGGCGACAGCUAUGGCGGCAGUGGAGGCGCUGGUGGUGGCUACGGUGGCGGCGACAGCUAUGGCGGCAGUGGAGGCGCUGGUGGUGGCUACGGUGGCGGCGACAGCUAUGGCGGCAGUGGAGGAGCUCGUGAUGGCUAUGGCUAUGGUGAUGUUAGUGGUCUGAGGCCGCAGGUGCAGCCCCGACCUUCAGGCUACCCUGGUUCCGGUGCCGAACUGCAGCAGGAGUGUGGAGGCGAGGACUGCAACACAGGUGGCUGCAAAUGUAUCGGAGAAAAGGGCUCAAGGGGAGCUCCAGGAUUGCCAGGCCCUACUGGAGAAAAGGGACAGCAGGGCUUCCCAGGCAUGGAGGGACUCAUGGGUCCCAAGGGAAGCAAAGGAGAACCUGGUCCACAAGGUCCCACUGGCCCCAAAGGAGACAGAGGGAAGAUGGGUCUGAAUGGCUUCCCAGGCAUCAAUGGCAUUCCAGGCAUUCCAGGUGUGCAAGGACCCAGAGGCAGACCUGGGCUUGACGGCUGCAAUGGCACUGAUGGUGAACCAGGGGUGCCUGGCCUUCCUGGACCACCAGGCCCAAGAGGUUUCCGUGGUCCAGAGGGUCAGAAGGGCAUAAAGGGAGAACCUGCAAUUGGGCCUUGCACCUCCUUCAAGGGAGAAAAGGGUGAGCCAGGCCGUGAUGGUCGGCAGGGGCCACAGGGGCCACCUGGUUUGCCUGGGCCCCAAGGAGAGGAUGGCUACAGAGGAAGAGAUGGAGAGAAGGGUGAAAAAGGAUAUGCUGGUUCCAAGGGAGACAAAGGAGCAAUGGGAGUAGCCUUCAAGGGACCUCCAGGACAAAAGGGAGAGAAGGGAGAAAAGGGUGAAGUGCAAGAUUGCCCCAUAAAGCCUCAGAUAUAUCCAAAUUGUACUGGAAUUGCUCUGCUGGGCACCAAAGGAGACAAAGGUGCCAGAGGUAUGAGAGGACGUGAUGGCAUACCAGGCAUCAACGGUAUCAAAGGUGACUUGGGGAAGAAAGGUGCUCCUGGAGAGAAAGGUCUACCUGGCCUACCUGGUCCUGCUGGACGUGAAGGUUUUCCUGGUCCACCUGGCCCCAAUGGUUACAAGGGUGACCUGGGACCAGCUGGCCUUGAUGGUUUGCCAGGUCUCAAAGGAGACAAAGGUGAAGCAGGAUAUCCUGGCAGAGAUGGUGAGAAAGGAAACCAAGGUCCUCCAGGACCUUCCAAGGGUGGCCCACAAGGUCCACCUGGUCCUAAGGGCUUGACUGGCCUGCCAGGUCCUCGAGGCAAGGAUGGUAUAGACGGGCAGCCGGGCCGCCGUGGACCUCCAGGUGUGCCAGGUGGUCCUGGCCAACCUGGAAACCCUGGAAGGGAGGGUUCUCCUGGCCUCAAGGGAGAGAAGGGUGUCAGUGGACGACCAGGUGAUUCAGGCCCACAAGGACCACCAGGCCUGCCAGGUGAGCGCGGGGAAGCUGGCCGUCCAGGACCCAAAGGAAACAAGUGCUUCUCCAUUGCAGGGGAACCAGGAGACCCAGGACAACCAGGCAUUUCCGGGAGGGAUGGCAUCCCUGGACCCCAAGGACCCAUGGGGCUUAGGGGCACACCUGGGGACAGCAAGGAUGGCACCCCUGGAGAACCUGGAGAAAUUGGCGACCGUGGUUUACGUGGCGUGCCAGGCAUCCCUGGCCGGGAUGGCAUACCAGGUCGGGCUGGAGGUAAAGGUGAUGCUGGCCAGGACUGUGAGUGUGGUGAGUGUGAGAAGGGUGUGAAGGGUUUCCCAGGACCUCAAGGCAAUGCAGGCAUUCCAGGAGCACGCGGUCCACCAGGACCUAUUGGCUACCCAGGCGAGAGAGGUGAAGAUGGCCAGGUGGGGGUGCCUGGACUGCCUGGCAAGGAGGGUUUAGCAGGCCAGCCAGGCCUUUUAGGUGCCAAAGGAGAAAAGGGUGAUUCUGCUGUUGCCUACCCAGGACCUCCAGGUGAAAAGGGCGAAAAGGGUCGACCAGGGUUUCGAGGUGAACCUGGAGAGAAGGGAGAGAAAGGUUUAAGUGGAAGUAAAGGUCGUCAGGGCCUUCCUGGUUUGUUUGGGCGCAAAGGAGAGAAAGGUUUGAGAGGCUUGGAUGGAACAAAAGGUGAUAGGGGUUUCCCAGGAAUCUGUCAGAAAGGAGAUAGAGGAUCCGAUGGUUAUGACGGUGACAAGGGCCAGAAGGGAGAAAGAGGUCGACCUGGUGAAAAUGCCUUGGCUAGUCAUUUGUGUGAUAAUGUUACUGCUCCAGCAGGAGAAAAGGGAGACCCAGGCCCUCAAGGACCUCCAGGAGAAAAAGGAAUUAGGGGCCUUAGUGGAAUAUAUGGUGAGAAGGGUGAGCCAGGCAGGCCAGGUCAGCCAGGUGCACCAGGUCUGUCAGGCCGAAGAGGUGAAAAGGGAUCAGUGGGUCCACCAGGUGUCCCUGGGGAUAAAGGUGAACGAGGACUUCCAGGCCUGGGUGGCAGAAAUGGAGCCAAAGGCAGCAAAGGUGAUGAGGGACGGCCAGGUGUGGGUCGGCCCGGAGUUUCAGGCAUCCCAGGUAUCAAAGGAGAACAAGGCCUACCAGGAUUGCCCGGCAAAAAUGGUUCCCCUGGUGCACCAGGCCCACAGGGACCACCUGGUAUCAAGGGAGAGAAGGGAAUACCAGGUCUUCAUGGUCUGGUUGGUAUGAAGGGUGACAAAGGUGACAUGGGACCUCCAGGAUUGAUUGGCCAGACUGGACCUCGUGGUCUCCCUGGCAUGGAUGGACAGAAAGGUAUUGAUGGGAUACCAGGACCACCGGGACGCAAUGGUAUGGUUGGUUUGCCUGGCAUCAAGGGUGACAGGGGACUAGCAGGUCCUGCUGGCCCCAAAGGAUCAUCUGGAGCCCCCGGACAGCCAGGUUUGCCUGGACGGCCAGGCAAUGAUGGCCGGCCAGGCCCACCAGGACCAAAGGGAGAAAUGGGUAUUAUGGGCUUCCCAGGCAACCCAGGCCUUGCUGGUCGUCCUGGUCUCCCAGGACAGAUUGGACAAAAAGGUGAAAGAGGUAUUGAAGGACUUCGAGGGGAUGUCGGUGUUCCUGGCAGGGAAGGACCUAGAGGAGACAAGGGUGAACGAGGACUAAUGGGCCAACCGGGUAUUGCUGGAAUAUCAUCAGAGAAGGGAGAGAAAGGCAACAUUGGUCCUCCAGGACGACCUGGAUUGCUUGGCCAGCCUGGGAAACCUGGACCUCAGGGUCUACCUGGACCUAAGGGUCGUGAUGGAUUUGGUCCUCCAGGUCUUCCAGGAGAACAAGGCCCUCCAGGACUUCCUGGUCUGGAUGGUUUAAAUGGAAACCAAGGUUUGCCAGGCAAUGAUGGCCUUCCAGGACGUAAAGGAGACAAGGGGCUGCCUGGCUUCCCUGGGACUGCUGGAGAGGCCUGUAACCUUGUUGUUGGUCCAAAGGGUAACAAGGGAGAAUCAGGUUUUGAUGGCAUAAGAGGAGAGAAGGGCAACGCUGGAGCACAAGGUCCCCCAGGAUUGGAUGGACUACCUGGCUUGUCUGGAGACAAGGGAGUUAUUGGGCUGCGUGGUUUGCCUGGUAUACCGGGUCAGAAAGGCAGCAAAGGUGAUCCUGGCCCAGCUGGCCGACAAGGACCAGAAGGACUCCGUGGUCUUGAUGGUCUUACUGGUGUGCAAGGUCCUAAGGGUGAUCCUGGUCUUCCUGGAGCACCUGGAAACCCUGGCAUUGAUGGUCUUAGAGGGGAGAAGGGUAAUGCAGGACCUUGGGGACCCAAAGGACAAAAAGGAAGAACCAUCAAGGGUGAAAAGGGCCUUCCUGGUGAUGCUGGAAAACCUGGAACAGAUGGAGUACCUGGAGAAAAGGGUUCUAAGGGUGAAAUGGGACUCCCGGGAUUGCCUGGACAGAGAGGUUACAAAGGAGAUGCAGGUCUGGCAGGAUUUGAUGGGGCAAAGGGUGAACAGGGGCCUCCUGGCCCUGCUGGAGUACCAGGACGAGAUGGUAGACCUGGUUUACCAGGUGAGAAAGGUUUGGCAGGACCUCCAGGAGACAGAGGCCUCCCAGGCCAGCCUGGUUUACUUGGUCCUAAGGGACCAAAGGGUGACAUAGGUCUGCAAGGUCUUCCAGGUCAGCCCUGUCUACCAGGACCCAAGGGAGAGAGAGGCAUCAAUGGUUUGCCAGGUCGUGCAGGAGAAAAAGGAGUCCAGGGAGCCAAGGGCUUCAAUGGUUUGCCAGGUACUGCCGGCCGACCUGGGCUACCAGGAACAAAGGGGGAGAGAGGCCUCCCUGGCCUUGAAGGUCGUAAUGGAAUUCCUGGAAUAAAGGGCCAGCGAGGCCCACCUGGCCCUCCUGGACCCAUGGGGCCUAUGGGUCCAGCAGGUAGUCCAGGUAUGCCUGGCAUGCCUGGUGCCAAAGGAGACCGUGGUCCUGAUGGACUGCCAGGAGUAAUGGGUCCUCAGGGUAUGAAGGGAGACAGAGGCUUUGCAGGAACACCAGGACUCCAGGGCGCUAUAGGGCUGCAAGGAAACAAGGGUGAGGCUGGAAGGAGCUGUACCGAGCAGCACCCUUACUACUCGGGCACACUUGUGGUGAGGCACUCGCAGACCACCUAUGUGCCACAGUGUGAGGCUGGACAAUUCAAGCUGUGGGAUGGCUUCUCCUUGCUUUAUGUAGAAGGGAAUGAAAAAGCUCAUCAUCAAGAUCUAGGUUUGGCAGGUUCAUGUGUGAGAAGAUUCAGCACAAUGCCAUUCAUGUUCUGUGAUUUCAAUAAUGUGUGCAAUUAUGCCUCAAGAAAUGACAAGUCCUAUUGGUUGUCUACUAAUGAACCAAUUCCCAUGAUGCCUGUUUCUGACACAGCCAUUCGACCAUACAUAUCAAGAUGUGUGGUGUGUGAGGCACCAUCCAAUGUUAUAGCUGUCCACAGCCAGUCUCUCUCAGUGCCCGACUGCCCACAGGGAUGGAGCAGCAUGUGGAUUGGCUACUCCUUUGUUAUGCACACUGCAGCAGGUGCUGAAGGUGGUGGACAGUCUCUCAGUAGCCCAGGAUCAUGUCUUGAAGACUUCCGUGCUACACCAUUCAUUGAAUGCAAUGGAGCCAGAGGAACAUGUCACUACUUUGCCAACAAGUUCAGCUUCUGGCUUGCCACAAUUGAAGAUAGAAAUCAGUUCUCAAGGCCAGUGUCAGAAACUCUAAAGGCUGGAAGUCUUUUGACAAGAGUUUCAAGAUGCCAAGUUUGCAUGAAGAACUAGCAUGAGAAUGUAAGGAUAAAGCUUAGCAAAGAAAAGGUUAUAAUAAAGAAAUACUAGAGCACAAAUGACUGACUGACAUAGCAAAUCUCAGAUACUCUAGUGAUAUCUCAAUUAAGCUUCUCUGCUUGUAGAUUAAUUUUAUAUAAAAUUAGUGUAAAUAGAUUUUGUGUCAAUGUCUAGUCUACGUGGCUUCUUGCAGAGUGCAUUUAUGAAGUUCAUCAUAACAUAGAUACUGAAAACUAUUUAAGAUUUAUAUUGUUAUCCAUGCAUACAAAGUAUGUAAUAUAUACAAGUAUCAUGCAAGGACCUUUUGCUCGUGCAAAUAUUUGUUUUUUUGUCUUAGCAGCAUUCUGUGUCGCCUAUUUCUGCUCAAGUGCCCUGUGCCCUGGAUGAGGCCAUGAGGUACUCAAACCAACAUUCUUGAAUCUCAAUAUUUUUUUUUCUUUUUAUUCCUCCCCACAAAAGAUGCUAUGUGAACCUUUAUUAUAACAAUAAAUAUAGAAAAUAUUUAAAGCAGAUCUUUACAUUGUGAAAAUUUUUAUAAAAUUUGGUUUCCUUA